AUUUACUCAAACCAAUAAUUGCUCAAUGAGGAGACCAGUUUCUUGUGGGAUAAGACUCCAGGAGGGGACCGUUGUAGCAAUCAGCUGCCGGAAACGGAACAAUCUGAUCGGCCAACGGACAUCGGAAUCUUCGGGCUAAGCGCUGCCUUCGUCUAUGUUAGAUAAUGGGACAAAGAAGAUUGUUAAUGUUGGCAGUGAUUGUAUGCCUAUUUACAUCCUCUUGUGGAAGAGAACUCAAGUUGAAGCAUAAGGAUAAUCACGCUGGUUAUAACCACACUCUUGCCAAAAUAUUGGUGGAAUAUGCAUCUGCGGUAUACCUGUCAGAUUUGACAGAACUUUUCUCAUGGACUUGCUCAAGAUGUGAUGGGUUGACUAAGGGAUUUGAAGUUAUUGAGCUGAUUGUUGAUGUCCAGCAUGGCUUACAGGGAUAUGUCGGAGUUGCGAAGGAUCCCAAUGCUAUCAUUAUUGCUUUUAGAGGCACUCAAGGACAAAGUAUACAGAACUGGAUAGAAGACCUAUACUGGAAACAGCUUGAUCUGAAUUACCCUGGCAUGCCUGAUGCAAUGGUGCACCAUGGUUUUUUUUCUGCUUAUUAUAAUACAACCAUUCACCCUGGAAUUCUAACUGCUAUAAAAGAAGCAAAGGAAAUCUACGGAGACCUUGACAUCAUGGUUACAGGGCAUUCUAUGGGAGGGGCCAUGGCUGCCUUUUGUGGGCUUGAUCUGGCGGUCAAUCAUGAAGCUCAGAAUGUACAAGUAGUGACAUUUGGACAGCCUCGUAUAGGAAAUGCAGCUUUUGCGUCAUAUUAUAGCCAACUCGUGCCUAAUACUAUCCGGGUCACAAAUGGACAUGACAUCGUGCCUCAUUUGCCUCCAUACUAUUACUAUUUCCCUCAAAAAACAUACCACCACUUCCCAAGAGAGGUGUGGUUGUAUGAAUUUGGACUGGGAAGUCUGGUUUAUAGAGUUGAGAAGGUCUGUGACGAUUCUGGUGAAGAUCCAACCUGUAGCAGGUCAGUGAUGGGGAACAGCAUUUCAGACCAUAUAGUUUAUUAUGGUGUUGAGUUAAGAGGUGAGACAUGUAGAUCAUGUGGAAUUGUGAUGGAUCCACGUGUAGCAGAGUAUCGCAAAACAGAUAUUCAAGGAAACUUUAUAUUUUCCAGGAAUCCCGCUGCUUCUGUUCUGAGAUUGGAUGCACAAUCAGACGUAUAAGGCAACGAUGUUUAAAUCUCCACUGAAGCUGUUAGUGUCUUCUCUCUGUGAGGUCAGAUGGAGAUUUGAUCCCACACAAGUUUUCCUUUCUGUCUUGUUUGGAGCCCAACCAAAAGUGCAUUGUACAUUAUAGACGUGGUGGGUUUGGGGAUGAAUAUAUGUACGUAUCCAUUGAAUUGUGCACAUUGUUACCUUUGUUAAUAUAAUGACCUGACACAGGUAAGUUAAACGCAGUUCCAUGUGACUGCCUUUUUCUUUAAUGCGGGUCUCAUUUUACAUU